CGGAUGAAUGAUCAUACUGGCUCUGGACAUCAAUUGUGUCAUCCCCUUGCUAUAUCCAAGCGUACGCAUGCCGUGGAGCAACCUCAGGCAUGGACUUCCAACAAGAUAACUGACUCUGCAAGAGUCAUCUUGGGCAAUAGAUACCACGCUGAUUUGUUCAACGAUGAUCUGUCUACCACCAUAACUUACCUGGCCCCAUUGCUUGUAGCAUACAAAACAUGCAAGACGAUACUCGAAAAGAUAGCGAACGACAAAAUAUCAGUCCUUGCAGGCACUAGGAAACCGAAGAUAAUAAACCUCAUGACACUAGUCGAAGCGAAGAGGUAUCUCUUGGGGGACUAUCAGACGGCUUUAGCCACAAGUCAGCGCAAGUGCAAAGAGAGACAGAUCGAAGUCAGCGAUACUGAAACGGUUAGGCAGAUGCGGAUCCAAGACAGUCGUCUGCGAAAUCUUUGUACCACUGUGUUGAAUGAAAUACAAGAAGACCCCGUGAAGCUCGAGCAGGAAUACAGCAGCAGCACGACAUACGAAGCACACAUUAAAUUCGUUCUCGAAGACGUCUAUGUGAAGUCCAAGCCAGUCUUACUGGAGCAGAUGCAGUUGAUGGAAAAGGCCAUAGCUGAAAAGGAAAACCAGCCCCAGAGUGCCGGCGAGAAGAUGAAGGCUUGGUUCAAGCCCUCGCAAAAAGCGGGCUGAGGUCUUCACAGACCUGUAUGAGCUUCAGCGAGUAUUGGCCUCAGAGUGUUGCAACUCCUGGCUUGCUUUGCGAAGACUUCCGGACCCAGAUCCAAGACAGCGAGAGCAAGAUCUGGCAUUGCUUGAAUACCUUACAACCCAGAGAAAGAAAAAAUCACGGUCGCU